AUGAAGAAAGAAUUAAAAUAUCUAAUCUACGCAAAUGUUAUACUACUGCUCUCUGUCAUAUACUAUACUUUUGAUUUGUUGACUCUUAUUAUCGACGAUACCAUGGAUGACGCUUUUUUACCAAGCGAAUUAAAUAACGUGGCGUCCAAUUUUUCUACUACCUCUCCUGGCCCAUCAGGUACGGAUAACAGUAUCAACGAUACAAUGAUACCGAAAAUUAUUCAUCAAACCUACAAGACAAAUGAUAUACCUGAACAUUGGAAAGAAGGUCAAAGGAAAUGUAUAGAAUUGCAUUCUGACUAUGAGUAUAUUCUAUGGACAGAUGAAAUGGCUCUAAAUUUCAUUGAAAGGGAAUAUCCAUGGUUUCUAGACACUUUCAAGAACUAUCAAUAUCCGAUUCAAAGAGCCGAUGCUAUAAGGUAUUUCGUUCUCUUAACUUAUGGUGGUGUUUAUAUUGAUUUAGAUGAUGGAUGUGAAAGAAAAUUGGAUCCAUUAUUAAAAUUUCCCGCUUUCUUAAGGAAAACUUCCCCAACGGGUGUAUCCAAUGAUGUUAUGGGUUCCAUACCAAAUCAUCCAUUCUUUGAAAAAGUUAUACACUCUUUGAAACAUUAUGAUAAGACUUGGUUUGCUCCGUAUUUCACAAUUAUGGGUUCCACAGGUCCAUUGUUUAUUAGUGUUGUUUGGAAACAAUAUAAGAGAUGGUACCAUGGUAAUGGAGUCAAUGAUACAGUAAAGAUUUUACAACCAGAAGAUUAUAAAUUACAUUCACAAUCAUUUUUCUCCAUUUCCAAAGGUUCAUCUUGGCAUUUAGAUGACGCAGAAUUCAUUAAAUCAUUUGGUAAUCAUAUCCUAUCGUGUGUUGUAGCAGGUUUCAUCUUUGGUUUCUUUGUUUUGUAUUCAGAAUAUUGGUUCUACUGCUGGUUAUGUUCUAAGAGCAGUAAAAAUAAUCUGAAUAGACUCUGGAACUUCUGGCAAUUGAAUAAUUACAGUGAAGAAUCAUUGCCAGCACCUCUUUCUUUACAGCAGAAAAGAUCAAGAAAAGAUUCUAAUGCAAUUUUCAUAAUGAAUCAUCUAGAUUUAGAGAAAAAUGAUGUUGAUAACAAUCGUUAA